AUGCACUUCACAAAGGAGCCAAUUCCCUUCGAGUACGGCUUCCAAGAUAAAUUCAAGAGCAUACAUUGCUGCGUCAAGGGGUACAGGAGCAUCGAAUGGUUCAAAGACGGCGUGGCAUAUCCAUGGUCGGCCGGGGUAUCUAAUCUGAUAUUAUACCCAGAGGCAGCCAACCAGACCCUGUACACCAGGCGAGCGGCUCGCUCCGACUCGGGAAACUACACCUGCCGCCUCAGCAACGAAACACACAGCGAAACGCACACAGUCCGUCUCGAUAUUUUAGAAAAGCCGACGGAUGCGCCAAAAACAAUGUUCAUCUCCAAGGAUCAGUGGGUGGAGGAAGGCAGUGAGCUUCGGCUGUUUUGCGAAGCGCUCAUCGGUCGUUCAUACUUGGCUGAUGCUCGCAGUGAUCUUCGAUGGUGGAAGGUGUGGCCGAAUGGAACCGAAGGUGACCUGCUCCCGUCGCAGUAUGAAGUUAAAACAGUCAGAGAGGACGUGGAAGAUAUUAUUGGCUCCUAUUUGAGCAUCGAACACCUGUCUGCACAGGACUACGGUUCUUAUGUGUGCGUGGUGCACAGCAACGAGGUGGUCUCCAGGUCCUACGUCACCGUUCACUAUAAGAAUGGUGAAUGGUCAGACUCAGAUGUGUGGUGUGGUGAGUCAGAAGUGCAGUGGCGUGCGAUAACGCUAGGUGUAGCCGCUGCUGCGUUGCUGCUCGUAUCCGCUUUAGUGCUGCAUCGACGUUGCACGCCGAGAUUGCUGCUAGCAGCUAGACAGGCACGCGCGCGCGCAGCUGCGGCGCAACAUCGCGCUAGAGUACUGGAGAAGGAGUUCGACGUUCUGGUGUGCUGGACGGCGGUGGACGCUGAGCUGGUCCGAGGCGCAUUGCUCCCGACCCUCGCCUUCAAGUACAAGUACCGCGUACACACUGCAGCUCUCUCCACGCAACCUGAUAACUGGUACAACGAGAUUGUGUGCGAAGCGGCCCGGUGUCGUUCAGUGGUCGCCGUUGUGUCGCCGGCGCAGUACAGUUCACCGCAUCACCUCCUGACUGCGCUGUGUCAGUUACGCGCGUUGCCGCACCCUCCAGUCGUCGUGUUGUUGCAGGAUUUACCGAAGCUAAAGCGCGAGGCGAAAGACGGGGGCGAACGCUUUGUGGAAGUGGUUCGUCGCACUCGUCUCAUCCCUUGGCGGCAUGUCCACGAUCGUUCCUUCUGGACCGCGCUUCGCCUAGCAUUACCCCUCCCCCCUACGACUGCGGACACACAGCAACACGAUAAAACAAGCCCCGUCGAGGCAGAACAGAGUAAGAAUUCGCGGUCGGGAAGUCUCACCGCUCUCGUUUGA